AUGCUGGCGUCACCGCGCUGGUCGCAGCACCAGCCAACGUCGUCGGUCUUCAUCUGGACGAGCGAGAAGGACGCUGCGCUGGACGACCAAGUGGCAAGCAGCAUCCGUGAGAGCCUCGAGGCCACCGACGACGUGGACGACGAGCUCGUCCGCGAGAUCUACGCGGCACGGUUCCCGCUCGGC